AUGGCAGCCCAGGGCAAAGUCUUUGAGGAGAGAAUUUGUGAGUUUGAUGAUGACUUGGUCUCUGAGUUCUCUGCUAGUCUCAGAGUGGAUGCACUUCAGGUCUUAAAGAGACAACAAGAGGAAGAUCAUAAAACACGAAUGAAAAUGAAGAAAGGAUUUAACUCACAGAUGCGCAGUGAAGCCAAACGACUAAAGACUUUUGUGACCUAUGACACAUUCAGAUCAUGGACCCCACAGGAGAUGGCAGCUGCUGGGUUUUACUACACAGGCGUGAGACAUGGGGUUCAGUGCUUUUGCUGUAGCUUAAUCCUCUUUUCCACCAGACUCAGGAAAGCUCCCAUAGAGAACCACAAGAAAUUACGUCCAGAGUGUGAGUUCCUUCUGGGCAAAGAUGUUGGUAACAUUGGCAAGUACGACAUCCGGGUGAAGAGUCCAGAGAAGAUGCUGAGAGGAGGCAAAGCAAGGUACCAAGAAGAGGAGGCCAGGCUGGAGUCCUUUGAGGACUGGCCAUUUUAUGCCCAUGGGACAUCACCACGGGUACUCUCCGCAGCUGGCUUUGUUUUUACAGGUCAGAGGGACACUGUGCAGUGUUUCUCCUGUGGUGGAUGCUUGGGAAACUGGGAAGAAGGAGACGAUCCCUGGAAGGAGCAUGCCAAGUGGUUCCCCAAGAAAGCUUUAUUCUUAAAAUGUGAAUUUCUUCAGAGUAAGAAGUCCCCAGAAGAAAUUGCCCAGUAUAUUCAAAACUAUGAGGGAUUUCUUCAUGUAACGGGAGAACAUUUUGUGAAUUCCUGGGUCAGAAGAGAAUUACCUAUGGUGUCAGCUUACUGCAAUGACAGUGUCUUUGCUAAUGAAGAACUAAGGAUGGACACGUUUAAGGACUGGCCCCACAAAUCACCUGUGGCUGUUAAAGCUCUGGUCAAAGCAGGCCUUUUCUACACAGGCACAAAGGACAUCGUCCGGUGUUUUUCCUGUGGAGGAUGUAUGGAGAAGUGGGCGGAAGGGGAUGACCCAAUGGAAGAUCACACCAAGUUUUUUCCCAACUGUGUAUUUCUUCAAACCCUGAAGUCCUCUGCAGAAGUGAGUCCAGCCCUUCAGAGCCACUGUGCACUUCCAGAAGCCACGGAAACCACAAGUGAAAGCAACCAUGAGGAUCCAGUAGCAGUUCAUUCUACUGUGACAGAUGUUGUUCCAAGUGAAGCCCAGGAACUUGAUCCUGCAUCUAGCUUUGUGUCUGUUCUCUGUAGAGACCAGGAUCAGAGUGAGGCCCAAGGACUUGGAUAUGCAUCCAAUGAGGCCUAUCUUCCCUCCACAGACUUGUCUCCAAGUAAGGCCCAGUGGUUUCAAGAGGCCAGAAGUCUGAGUGAGCAGCUGAGAGGCGCCUACACAAAAGCCACUUUCCGCCACAUGAACCUGCCAGAGGUGUGUUCGAGCCUCGGCACUGACCACUUGCUUGGCUGUGAUGUGUCCAUCAUUUCAAAGCACAUCAGCCGGCCAGUGCAAGGGGCCCUGACCAUCCCCGAGGUCUUUGUCAAUCUCAGUUCUGUCACGUGUGUGGAAGGGGAAACUGGCAGUGGAAAGACAACCUUCCUGAAGAGAAUAGCUUUUCUCUGGGCAUCAGGAUGCUGUCCCCUGUUGAACAGGUUCCAGCUGGUCUUCUACCUCUCCCUUAGUUCCAUCAGACCAGACCAGGGACUGGCCAACAUCAUCUGUGGCCAACUCCUAGAGGCAGGAGGCUGCAUUAGUGAAGUGUGUCUGAGCAGCAGCAUCCAGCAGUUACAACACCAGGUGCUGUUCCUGUUGGAUGACUUCAGUGGGCUGACCUCACUCCCCCAAGCCCUGGACACACUGAUUACAAAGAACUACUUGUCACGGACCUGCUUAUUGAUUGCUGUGCAUACCAACAGAGUCAGGGAGGUCCGCCCUUACCUAGAUACAAGUCUAGAGAUCAAAGAGUUUCCCUUCUAUAACACUGUCUAUAUAUUAAAGAAGUUCUUCUCACAUAACAUACUGCGUGUGCGAAGGUUUAUAAAUUACUUUGGAUUUCAUGAAUAUUUACUGGGAAUUCACAAAACCCCCCUUUUUGUGGUAUCAGUCUGUACUGAGUGGAUUCAAAAUCCAUCUGACCAGCCCUUUCAGGAUGUGACUCUUUUCAAGUCCUACAUGCAAUACCUGUCCUUAAAGAACAAAGCGACAGCUGAGCCUCUCCGGGUCACCAAGUCCUCGUGUGGGCAGCUGGCCUUGACAGGGCUUUUCUCUUCGUGCUUUGAGUUCAACAGUGAUGACCUGGCAGAGGCAGGAGUUGAUGAAGACGAGGAGCUCACCACCUGCUUGAUGAGCAAAUUCACUGCCCAGAGACUGAGACCCGUCUACCGGUUUUUAAGUCCUCUGUUCCAAGAGUUUCUUGCUGCCAUGAGGCUGACUGAACUCCUGGGUUCAGAUAGGCAGGAAGACCAAGACCUGGGACUUUAUUUUCUGAGACAAAUUAACUCACCUCUGAAGGCUAUGACCAUCUACAACAAUUUUUUGAAGUAUGUCUCCAGUCAUCCUUCUUUAAGGGCUGGUCCAAAGGUUGUAUCUUAUUUGCUUCAGUUGAUGGAUGAGAAAGAGUCACUGGAGAACAUGUCUGAAAAUGAGGAUCACAUGAAGCUUCAUCCAGAAACUUUACUGUGGAUUCAGUCUCUUAGAGGGUUGUGGCAGCUGUCUCCUGAAUCUUUCUCUUUGUUCAUUUCAGAAAAAUUAUUGAGCAUUGCUCUAAACUUUGCUUAUGAAAGCAACACGGUUGCUGCAUGCUCUCCUGUUAUUCUGCAGUUCCUUCAAGGGAGAACACUGGCUUUGGAAGUCCUGAAUUUACAGUACUUUGAGGACCACCCACAAACCCUGUUAUUAUUGAAGAGUAUUAGUUUCUCAUUAAAUGGAAACAACAAGGUACAGAGAAUAGAUUUUUCACUCAUGGAAAAAUCUUUUGAAAAAGUACAGCCACCAACUAUAGAUCAGGACUAUGCCUUUGCCUUUCAACCUAUGAAUGAAUGUCAGAAAAAUUUAGCCAAAAAUGAAGACAUAAUAAAGAACUAUAAGGAUAUGAAACACCAGAUCCCAAUAAGUAUUAGUACUGGCUAUUGGAAACUGUCCCCCAAGCCGUACAAGAUUCCUAGACUGGAAGUUGGUGUGGCCUACAUGGGUCCAGCAGACCAAGCUCUGCUCCAGGUCCUAAUGGAAGUCUUCUCAGCUUCAGAGAGUAUUGAGUUCCGUUUAUUCAACAGCAGUGGCUUUCUUGAAAGCAUCCACCCAGCUCUGGAGCUGAAUAAGAUCUCUGUCACCAAGUGCUCCAUGUCCAAGACAGAGCUCAGCAGAAAAGAACAGGAGCUGCUUCUCAGCCUGCCUGCCCUGCAGUCUCUUGAGGUCUCAGGGACAAACCAGUUACCAGAUCAGCUCUUCCCUAACUUGGACAAGUUCCUGGGCCUGAAAGAACUUUGUGUGAGACUAGAUGGCAAACAGGAUGUGCUCUCAGUGCUUCCUGGAGAGUUCCCAAACCUCCAUCACAUGGAGAAGUUAUCCAUCCAAACCUCCACGGAGUCUGACCUCUCCAAACUAGUUAAAUUGAUUCAGAACUCUCCAAAUCUCCAUGUUUUCCAUCUGAAAUGUGAUUUCCUUUCGAAUUGUGAAUCUCUCAUGGCUGUGCUUGCUUCCUGCAAGAAACUCAGAGAGAUUGAAUUUUCUGGACGAUGCUUUGAAGCCAUGUCCUUUGUCAACGUUUUGCCAAAUUUUGUUUAUUUGAAGAUAUUGAAUCUUAAAUGCCAACAAUUCCCAGAUAAGGAAACAUCAGAAAAGUUUGCCCAGGCUCUGGGUUCUCUCAGGAACCUGGAGGAACUGUUCCUUCCCACUGGGGAUGGGAUUCACCAAGUGGCUAAACUGAUUGUCCAGCAAUGCCUGCAACUUCCGUGUCUCCGAGUUCUUGUCUUUGCAGAGACUUUGGAUGAUGACAGUGUGUUGGAAAUUGCCAAGGGUGCAACCAGUGGAGGCUUCCAAAAACUUGAGAACUUAGACCUUACACUGAAUCACAAGAUUACAGAGGAAGGCUACAGAAAUUUCUUUCAAGUCCUGGACAACCUGCCAAACCUGCAAAACCUGGACAUUUCCAGGCAUAUCCCAGAAUGCAUUCAAGUUCAGGCCACCACUGUCAAGGCUCUGGGUCAGUGUGUGUCCCGACUGCCCAGCCUCACCAGGCUCGGGAUGCUCAGUUGGCUCCUGGAUGAAGAGGACAUGAAAGUGAUUAAUGAUGUGAAGGAAAGACACCCUCAGUCCAAACGCUUGACUGUUCACUGGAGGUGGGUGGUGCCAUUCUCUCCUAUCAUUCAGAAGUGAGGGAUGCUAUGGAAGAUUACUGGCGGGUCUAAAAACUUGAUUUUUUAAUACAUUUCACUCUAGACAGGCAUAGUGUCAUCCUAGUUCUUAGGAAACUGAGCAGGAGGAUCAAGAGUUUGAGUCUGGGGCUGAGAGAUGGCUUAGCAAUUAAGAGCACUGACUGCUCUUCUAGAGGUC